CGCACUGCAGAGAGUGGUGGCGAGCAGGCGCCGGCGCGCUAGCCCACGUGCCGCGCUGAGAGAGGGACAGGGAGAGGAAGAAGGAGAGGGAGUGAGAGGCAGCCAGGAAAAGAGGGGCGCACGACCCCGCUGCCGCUCGGCGCAGCCCCUGCGCCCCACCUGCUGGGACCUCGACGAGGAAGGACCCCGACCCAGAGGAGGGCUGUGGAGAUCUGGGCUGUCUGCUGUCGCCCUGGGAGUUGGCCUGAUACAUGUGCACCACGCAGUGAUCAUUAUCCCCUAAAUUAGGCUCCACAGAGAUUGGGGACAUGCCAUUGACCCUGUUGCAGGAUUGGUGUCGGGGGGAACAUCUGAACACGCAGAGGUCCAUGCUUAUCCUGGGGAUUCCUGAGGACUGUGGUGAGGAUGAAUUUCAGGAGACUCUUCAGGAUGCUUUCAGGCACCUGGGCAGGUAUAGGGUCAUUGGCAGGAUGUUCAGGAGGGAAGAGAAUGCCCAAGCAUUUCUCUUGGAGCUUGCCCAAGAUAUUGACUAUGCUUUGAUCCCCAGGGAAAUACCCGGAAAGGGAGGGCCCUGGGAAGUGGUUGUAAAACCUCGGAACUCAGAUGGGGAAUUUCUCAAUAGACUGAACCGCUUCUUAGAGGAGGAGAGGCGGACAGUGUCAGAUAUGAACAGAGUGCUUGGAUCAGACACCAACUGCCCUGCUCCAAGAGUGGCCAUAUCACCUGACUUCUGGACCUGGGCCCAGACCCUGGGGGCAGCAGUGCAGCCUCUGCUAGAACAAAUGUUGUACAGAGAACUAAGAGUCUUUUCUGGGAACACUGUGUCCAUCCCAGGGGCGUUGGCCUUUGAAGCCUGGCUUGAGCACACCACUGAGGUGCUACAGAUGUGGCAGGUGCCUGAGGGUGAAAAGAGGCGGCGGCUGAUGGAAUGCUUGCGGGGCCCUGCUCUGCAGGUGGUCAGUGGGCUCCGGGCCAACAAUGCUGCCAUAACUGUGGAGGAGUGCCUGGCAGCCCUGCAACAGGUAUUUGGACCUGUGGAAAGUCGUAAAAUCGCCCAUGUGAAAUUUUAUAAGGCCUAUCAGGAGGUGGGAGAGAAAGUCUCCAGCUUUGUGUUGCGUUUGGAACCCCUGCUCCAAAGAGCUGUAGAAAAAAAUGCAGUAUUGCGAAGGAAUGUGAAUCAGGCUCGCCUGAAACAAGUCUUAAGUGGGGCUACCCUUACUGACAAACUUCGAGACAGGCUUAAGUUGAUGAAACAGCGAAGGAAACCACCUGGUUUUCUGGCACUGGUGAAGCUCCUGCGUGAGGAGGAGGAGUGGGAGGCCACUUUUGGUCCAGAAAGGGGGAGGCUACAGGGGCUGGAUGCAGGAGUAAGGGCAUCUGCCAGAGCCAAUGCUCUCAGAGCAGUGUCUUUUGCUGCCCCUGGCAGCACUCUUCAGGCCAGGCCUUCCCAAGGUUCCCGGCGCAGGAGAGGCAGAGGACAGCAUCGAAGGGGGCGUGUGCUAAGGGCCAGCUCCCGAGUUUCAGGAAUACGGAAACAUCACACAUUCUGCUAUAGCUGUGGAGAAGAUGGCCACAUCAGGGCACAGUGUAGCAACCCUCCAAACCCGCUCUUGGCAGAGGAAACAAAAGAGAUAUUGGAAAAAGGGAAAGGGGCAGCCCACAGAAACAGCAGGGGACUUGAGUGGGGUAGAGGGGCAAAGAAGCCAUGCCCAGGCUGAGCCCCCUCAUCCUCUGCCAGAUGAAAAAGACUCCACUCACCAAGCUACAUGGGACUCAGUGAAGGCCAACAGUGCACUGAAGAGGUGCCAGAGACACAACUGGGGGGUUGCCCCACCCAGCACAUGGGGUGCACCAGCUGCAGGCAAAGACCCCAACACAGCAGAGGCUGAAGAAAGUAGAGCUGGGGACUCAUUCAUCAGCCCCAUCAUCUGGCCACCCCCAAAUGCCCACCCUGUGGGCUCUGAGCUAAAGAUGCCAACUGGCCCGCAGGCCACGUGGGGCCUGGAGGAGCCUUCCCCAGGACCAGCCCUGCCUGAAGGAGUCAUCUUAGGCAAAGAAGAGCUGUACAACAGACAGGUAAUGCCCCAGACAGGAGGCCACAUGGUCCAGCCUGUUUUCAAGAUUAUCUAUCUACGCUAUUCUAGGGGACCCCCAGGAAGGCAGAGCCCUCAAGCCCCUGCACAAGGGAGGGCAGGAGAACCAAAGGCUCUGGUAGCCUAGCACCAGCCUACAGGCAGUUUCCUUCUGCUGCAGCCUGGAAGGGCUAUAGGGGCAAGGAGAGCAAAAACUACAAGGAGAAGAUCCUUGGGCCAGAGCUUCAGCUCAGCCUGGCAGGUGGGAGUACUGGUACUUGGUGGGCCAGUACCUCACAGCUGGCUUUGGUGUGAGUGAGUGUGUAGCAGAGAAACUUUGGUUCCAAAGCAGGAGGAGGAGGAAGAGAAAGAGAAGGAAGUGGAAGAGGAGGAGGAGAAAAGGGUGUAGGAGAGAAGGAAGAG